GUAAACAAGAGUGAAGGAGAAGCCGCGGGAACUGAUACACAACCUGGCCUCUGAUGACUUGGUCUUGCUCUAACUAAUUCUGGCAACUAAUAUAACUCAUUUUUAGACUGAUGCAGUAGAGAGAUGGCAAGACAAGCGCCCUGGACUCACAACAACAUGAACAUUGACGUGAUCGAUAUUGCGUCCGAUAACGUGAACAUUGACUUGGUCGAUAUUGGGUCCGAUAACGUGAACAUUGACUUGGUCGAUAUUGGGUCCGAUAACGUGAACAUUGACUUGGUCGAUAUUGGGUCCGAUAGUACUGACGAGGUGGAGAGCGAAGAUGUGGAAUCCAUCGCUACAGACUUGUCAACAGAUCUGAACAAUGAAGGUGGUAACAGUAAUAGUGGAGGAGACGUCGGGGAACGCCAACGAGAACAAAAUGAAGAAGAGUCAAGCCUAAGUCCAAUACUGGGAGAACGGAGAACACAAGACAGCAGCAUCGGCCUACACAUAGGGGCGGAAGCCAGAGGCAGCCGGGGAGCGAUGAGUUUGGUGAUCAUCGAUGAUGAUUCUGAGAGUCCGUCUGAGGAACAAAGCAUGAGCUUUGAGCUGAUCCGUACCCCACCUGACCUCCGGAUAGAGAUGCCAGAGGAACCACCAGAUAUCUCAUCCGCUCACCCUAGCCAGUCAACAGCCCCCUCCCUAGAGCCACAGUUGGCCGGUCCAGCACAAGUUCAGGAGACCAACGUGGCUUCAGCUGAGGCUAGACAACCACAGGAACCUCCUCCAGCUAGUGAACCAAAUAUCCAAGCUGGACCAUCGCACCAGGUGACUCCAGAGAAAGCCAAACCAGCUCCUUCACCACAGUCAGAUGAAGACGGUCAGAUCUGUCCGAUAUGUUUUGAACCGUGGAGCAACUCGGGGGACCACCACCUCUCAUCUCUUAAGUGUGGACAUUUGUUUGGGUAUUCGUGUAUUGAUCGAUGGGUUAAGGGUAAAGGGGCGAGAUGCCCUCAGUGUAAUGGUAAAGCCAUGAAGAAAGACAUUAGGGUGUUGUAUGCGAACGCUCUCACAGCGCUGGAUACAUCGGAGAGAGAUAGGGUGAUGAAGGACUUACAAGCUGAGAGAAAGUUAAGGAAGAAGUUAGAGUUUGAACACACGAAAACAAAACUGUCGUUCAAUCUCCAAAUGCAAGAGUUGACAAAACUUCACGAAGAAUUAAGAUUGUUGAAGAACACUACGGCUCUUAACAGUUGCUCUAUGGGGGUGACUCUAUCUCAGAGUGGUGGAGGAAAUUCUCAGAGAGAAAUGAGAUUGGUUAUGCAUUCUAUUUUUGAGAUCAGCAAGGAUGGCGGGUGUCGGGUGAUGGUGUUUAACGAUUGGCUCAAAAUGCUGUUGCUGUCGAUGCCGAGUCAGGUGGCAAUGUUUCCCGGAUAUGGCGUCAAGAAGUUAAAUAUGACCGACAUGAAGACCGACAGGUUUGUGCCUCUCCAUCAAAAGCAGAUCAGGGACUUGGCCUUUAAUCCAGCAAAAAAUGAUUUGCUUCUUUCUGUUGGGAUGGACAAAAAGGUCAAACUAACAAACAUGUCGAGUAACGCUCUCGUGGUCUCAUACACUGCAGAAUCUCCUCUGUGGUGUUGUUGCUGGAACACCGACGACGCUAAUCAAUUUUACGUCGGCACGGCAAGGGGCCGCGUGGUGCAGUACGACACUCGCAACACAGCGGGUCCUCAUAGAACUAUAACAGUGGUUGGCCUCGGCCCGGUAGUCUCCAUGUGUUAUGUGUCCAGUAAAAGUAACGCUAAUUGUAACUUUAACACUCCGGGACUGAUCGUGGCGAGGCUACAGUCCUGUUACUUCGUGGAGUUGAAGGACGACACAACACGAGAUCACCAGCUGCCGCUCGAGGGCCCGUUUACUUCUGUCUCGCUGGAAGAAAAGACCAAGCACAUUUUAGUGUCGUGUCGGCCUUGUCAAAAAUAUCCUCACGCACGGCAUUUAUUUUGCGCCCUUGAGAAAGUCAAUUCCAUUAAUGAUGAUGGUUUCAUGAGUCAUAGUUUCACAGCAAAUAUAGUGUUUGAACUUCGGGGUGGCACAACUCAGAGGGUCCUCUCUCGCUCGUGCAUAAUUUCCAGUCCAGACGGAGAUAAUAUAGCCUGUGCCGGCGAUGAGUCCACCCAGAGCACGUGUUUGUGGGACCUGUCUAGCGGUAAGCCUGUACAGCAACUUAAAGGUAUGGACACAGUUAUAGAUAUUCUCCCAGUUAAAAGUCAUGAAAAUGUUUACUUAAGUUUACUAACGGAGAAAACUGUAAAAUUUUAUAUGUGGGCUGAUCAAUUGUAGAGUAAACAGAGUACCUAUAUACUGUACAGUAUUAGAGAGGAUCCCAUCCCUUACAAUGGUCUUCUUAUAAGUGUAUAUGUAUUUAAUAUACAGUACAGUCGAUCAAUAACUAUCUAUUCUUGGGGGGUUGAUUAAUUCCAGAAUGAACACUGUGACUCCUGUUGUCUCGGUAGGGUUGUCAAAAUCCUUCAUCCGUUGUGUCAUAUUUUUCAACACAACUUUGUAAGGAUAGUUUUUGAUCAACUGUACAGUAAAUUUCACAGUAAUUUAUAAGAUGUCUUCUUUCUUACUUUCUUUUAUUGUGAAAUACAUCAGUAAGUAAAGUGUAAAGAAAAAUAUUUACAAACUUUUACAAUACCCUUAAUUGUAUAUACAGGGUGUCUAAAAAAACAAACAAAAUUAUGCACACUGCCACACAGAUUUUCAGGGAGAUUGGAUAAAUCCUUCCAUCACAACAGCAACAUUUUCUUCACAUGUGGGAGACCUCACACAUCAACAAGUGAGGACACUGUUACCAAUGCAAACAUUCACAAAAAUCUGUCGAGCAUUGUGUGUAUUACAUUUUUCCGAGACCCACUGUGGUACUGUACAGUAUACGUAUGUCUGUAAUGUCUCAGAAUUUACAAUGUUUGGGACCAAAGCUGAUUGUGCAAGAGUGAAGUUUGUAGUCAACUGUACCCUCCCUCCUCCAGUCAACUGUACCUUCCUUCCUCCAGUCAACUGUACCCUACCUCCUCCAUAAAUUAUAGUUUGGCAGCAGGAAGAUUUAUUUUUCAUUUCCUUGUACAGUGGUCCCUCGGUUAAUGAACACAAUUCGUUCCAGAAAGUUGUUCGUUAACCGAAACCAUUGUUUCAAUGGGAUUUUGGGUAAUUGGUUCCAGUU